CCCACAGCACGCAGUGACUAUAAUGGACGAGCAGGCAAGCAUUGCAGUGCAGCAGUGGGUGCAUGCCGUCACACAGGCAUCUCUUCCCACCACCGACGGCAAUGGCAGCGGCAGCGGCAGCGGCAGUGUUCCUGCUAGUAGUGGCAGUGGCGUGUGUGAGAUCGACAUGUAUGCUGCAUUCACCACUUUGGCCCUUGACAUCAUUGGCCUGGCGGCCUUUGGCAGCACUGUCAGCACUGCGAAAACUGUGGGGAGUCUGGAGGAGGAGGAGGAGGAGGGGAGUGUGAGGGAGGUGUACGAAGCAGUGGAUACUCUGAGCACUCGCAGCACAGAGCGCAUGUUCUCUGGCCGAUUGGCCAUUCCCUUCUACACGUGGCUACCCACCCAGGAGAACAGAGCACUGUGGCACGCAGGGGAGAGGGUGAGACGGCUGUCCCUGGACCUCAUUGCAAGGAGGAGGAGUUCCCAGGCGCGCGAGCCCGGCAAGGACCUGCUGGCAGUUAUGCUGGCAGCCAGGGAUGACGUCAGCAACGAGCAGAUGACGGAUCAGCAGCUGGUGGACGAGUGUGUGACGUUCCUCGUGGCUGGCCACGAGACAACAGCCAAGCUGCUGACAUGGGCGGUCUACCUGCUGGCUCGACACCCCGAGUGGCAGAGGAGACUGCGGGAGGAGGCGCUGCGUGUGAUGGGGGGGGGGGAGAAGGGGAAGGGGAAUAACGGAGAGGGAAACGAAGAAGGGGAGACGGGGGAGGGAGAAGGGGUGGGGAAGCAGGGCGAAGGGAAUAGGGGCGGAAUGAAGGUGAUGUGGCAGCACGUGGGGCAGCUGAGGGAGAUGCACAUGGUGCUGCAGGAAACACUGAGGCUCUUCCCGCCCACUCCUGUCAUUAGCAGAGAGGCCAGCAAGGACACAUCUCUCGGUCCCUACUCCAUCCCAGCGGGCACGCGGAUCAUGAUGGCCAUUGCCAUGGUGCAGAGCGACCCUCGCUUCUGGGGGGAGGAUGCUUUGGAGUUCAACCCAUUGAGGUUCAAGGGUUCAAAGGUGAGCUUCGAGUAGGCGAUAUCCGAAUGGGCCUUUGGACUAUCCAAGACGGGUGCAGAGCGACCCUCGCUUCUUUGGGAGGGGGGAGGGGAGGGGAUGGAUUUUAGAUCAGCCCUUUAAAGCCCAGGUCCCAAAUUAGACAAGCAGGCAUCAAACUGGGCCCAGUUUGAUGCUGACCGCGCUCGCAAACUACCAAAAAAAAAAAAAAACGAACCAACUACCCCUUCGCCACAGUGAGAGGCAAAAUCGAGGUUGGUAUAUCUACGGUGGAAAUCAACUUUGCAACUGGGCCCAGUUUGAUUCGUGUAGUUUCCACCGUUGGAUCGGGCUUGCCAAACCCAACUCCCAUAAAACCCUGCUCUUGCUAGGUUUCCAAUCAACGGCUGUAACCGUGCUUACAAAUUGGGACUUAAUGUCUCCCUGCGUCUCAGCCAUCAGAUCCGCGUUCGGCCCAAAUUGAACUCACCCCAAAUCAAACUGGGCCCAGCUUGCAUACGAAAUCCUGCACGAAGUAACAGAAUCACAAUUUCCGAACCCAAAACACAAUUGGUUUUUCCACCCGCCCAGCUCAAAUUCUGCCAGUUGACUUGCGUGAACUAAUUUGAGAUCUGGGCUUUGAGGUUCAAAUAUGGGGGUGCAGGGAGCAUGUUCCCACCCUCAAGCCUUCGUGCCUUUCUCAGCCGGCCCUAGGGACUGCAUCGGCUCAAACUUUGCUCUGACAGAGGCCAAGGUUGUCCUUGCGCAUUUGCUAAGGCAUCUCGAGUGGGAGCUGUCACCCACGUACGUACACUUGCCGAUUAAUGGGAUCACGCUUAGCCCUAAAUACGGUAUGCCGCUUCGUAUGAGGUUGGUGGAGUAGCCCUCGAUCUUCGUGAUGGACGUGUGCGAUUUUGUUAUCUGCCUUUAUGCCGCCAAUACUUAGUGCUCUGUGUGUAAGCUACUAGUCCUAAAUGGCUUUAAAAAAAAAUAUCCAAUAAGGAUGUUUCGAGGGCUUGAAGAUUUUGUCAUGGGUAUAGCAAUCGC